ACAACAAAAUUUUCUUCUCAGCCUAUAGCAUGUCCCUCUUUUGCUCUCCAGUCAGGCUAUCCUGUUGCGCCUGAAUGACCGAUUCGGCUUCUAUCUGGCUACAGACUCUCUACAAACUUCAACUUACCCAAGGAAGUUAGCAAAUUGUUAAAGAGCUGAACGGCUAUAGAUCGACGUAUCUGACCAAUUCAUUAUGCGUACGGAGGUUAUCAAGGCGGACACCAUUGAUGCUGCCGUUGAAAGGAUUCUCAAUGAGCUUGGGAAAGACACUAGAAGAAGCAACAACAAAGAGAAUGCCAUCUACUUUGAUGGCUGGAACGGACUCGGGGCAUCUGCCGUCCUGCAAGCCGUAGCCAAACGCCUCGCCAUAUCAAGUGAGCUGCUGGCGAGGUCUCCAGGGCUGGAGUUUGAGAAAAUCAUCCACAUUGAUUGCUCAAAGUGGGAGAGUAGAAGAGCAGUGCAGAAGAAAAUCGCAGAGCAGCUGAAGCUUACUGAUAAGGUGAUGGAGAUGUUUGACAAACAAGAUGAGGAGGAUGAUUUCAACGGGUUAGACCAGUGCUCCCGUGGUGAGAUAGCACAAGUUUUCACAGAGAUAUAUCAAACCAUAGAGAAUCGCAGAUUCCUGGUGAUCCUGCAUAAUGGAGGCAACGAGAAGAUUGAUAUAUUCAAUUUUGGCCUUUCUCUAUAUGGAUAUGCCAAUAGCAAGAUCCUGUGGACUUUUCGAGGGAGGUUUCGGCUUGACCCCAAGGUGAUAGACAUUGUGAAAAACAGCACGACAACACAUGUUCUUCUUUCAGCUUCAAGAGAUGGGCGCGAUAGGCACGAGCUUUGGUCUUAUCUAGUGCGUCAGGAGGCUGCACAAGUUUCCUACAAUAUGCAUGGCGAUGGUGUCAUUAUUGAUUCAACAAUUGCUGGCGAGUGUGUCUUGUAUAUGCUGAAACAAUACUGCAUCGGUUCUCCCGUUGUUGACUACGACUAGGCUAUCCACACCAGUAACUAUUGGGUGUGUGAUGGAAUUAUUGCGUUUACAGAUAUUGACAAAGCGUGGGAAGUUGGUGAUAUACUACAGCGUGAGGUGCGCUUGUUGAAUAUUGACAAUCGACUCAGUAAUGAUGAAUCAAUAAUAUUGCUUUCCUCUCACUUAGCAAGCUCUGCUGAGGGCAUGCCAUACUGGAUUUCAACAACAACAUGUGGAUUUAUACUGAGUCCUUCUGGUGCUAUUGCCGACAACAUGUUUCAACACUCGCACAGGCUCAGGGUCCUCGAGCUCUCAAGGUGUACCUUUAGUUUCUCAUCGCCUCCAUUCCUCUGUUGCCACAGCCUGAGAUUCCUGUGGCUUGAGCACUGUGAAGACCUCCUAGCGAGAACAAGCACUGCAGAUCAUCACCAAAGAGAUGCAGCAAAGGAGUUAGACAACAGCACCAUGGCAUUGUGGGAAUGCUUCAAAAGCUUGUGGGUACUUGACUUGCGUUACACGCAUUGGGGUCAGAUCUUGUCUGCACAGAUGAUGGAUCUCAUGACCCAACUCAGGGAGUUAAACGUGAUGGGAGCCAAGAACUGGGACAUGAGCCAUCUGCGGGGACGACUGCGCAACAUUCGGAAGCUUCGUGUAAUGAAAUCCACCUGUUGCUUCAAUGACCAUGUGUUAUCAGAAAUGGAAAGCAUGGAGCUACUAGAUUUUUCGGAAAAUAACAUCAUACAAGGAAUGACAAACUUAUCAGGGCCAGCAAGAAACAAUAGCAUCAAGACUAUCACUAUUGGUGGAUGUGAUGGGUUAAAAGUUGUCACUUUUAGGCACUGCAAAGAAUUGAAGAACCUGUUCUUGAAAGGAUCUUUAGGGAGUCUCGAUAAGCUGGAACUCUCAGGCACAAGAGUGAAAACCCUCAACCUGUUAGGAGUGGAAGCCAGAUCACUCCCCAAGCAGAUAAUCCUGCUAGGCUGCGAGGAGCUCCGUGCAAUAUUAUGGCCAUGGAGUAUGACAAAGAAAGGGCUGCCGAAAGUGCUGCACAUUGACACCACAUCUCCAUCAGCAACAGCUUACAGAGGGGAGGCACCACUUGUGCAUCCACAUGUUGAUUUAUCCCUCCACCAGCAGAAAGAAGACAAUUUUAUGGGUAGAUGGCGGAUUUGUCUCACAGAUGCAAGGCUCCUUAGGUUCCUCGGUCCCGUAGAAAGUUUUUAAAAAGAAAUAUCCAUACAUAUUGAUAUAUGUACUGCAACUGUUGUUUGUGGUAGCAACAUCGAAGGAACAAGCACUAACAAACUAGUGCAAGUCCAACAACAUACAAGCAUCUUAAUGCACUCGGAGUACAGUGAUGCCUUUAGGGAUGACCCAGUUGCAGCAGUGAUGAUGUGGGACUGCCCCAAGAUAUGGAAGUCAGUGUGGACCGAAUUUACAUGUUUCAUAAAGGUGAUGAUGCACGGGCAGGUCAACAGACUAUUGGAGGAUGCUGCAAGUGCUAGUACUAGUGAUUUAUUGUUGCCGAAAUUUAUAUGUGAGUUGGUUACAUCGCUGCAUGUGUAUGAUAACUUGACCAUCACUAGUAUCCCUGGACCUCCCCAAGGAUUAGGAUGGGGUAACCUAAGAUGGUGCCGCGUGGAGAGAUGCCCUAGGUUACACACAGUCUUCAAUGUUCCCCGUGGCACUAGUGUGUACAGUUCUAUGUCUCUUGGCACAUUAUGGGCGUCCAAGCUCCUCUCUGCACUUUCCAUCUGGGACAUGAAAGUUGAACAAGGUGAAUUGUGUUUCCUGAUCUUGUUGCACCUGGACUACUGCCCCAGGCUAGUACACGUGUGCCCCUUCUCCAUGUUGGGGACAUACACAUUUGUUUGGCUGGAGACCAUUGAGAUAGUGUACUGCGGUGACGUCAGGGAGGUAUUCCCAUUGAGCCUUGAGCUUCAAGAGCAGGAUAAAAUUAGAGAAUUCCGCGAUCUGAGGCGCAUCCACCUGCAUGAGCUCCCCAAGCUGCAGAGCAUUUGUGGGCGCAGGAUGUCUGCGCCAAAACUCGAGACCAUCAAGAUCAGGGGCUGCUGGAGCCUCAAGUGUCUACCGGCCGUCGGACGCAACACCAAACCACCCAAGGUAGACUGCGAGAAGGAAUGGUGGGACAACCUGGAGUGGGACGGGAUACAGAAGUACCACCACCCUUCCCUCCGAGCCAAGCCACUCGCUGUACUACAAGG